UUCUUCUUAGUUUCUGAGUUUUUUUUGUGGACACUGCCGUCAACGAUGACGGAAGACAGAGAAGAACGUAAGAAGGAGAAGAAAGAGAAGAAGGAGAAAAAAGAGAAGAAAGAGCGGAAGGAGAAGAAGCGUCGCGAGGCUGAAGAGCUCGCCGUGAAGGAGAAGAAAAUCUCGAAAAAGCAUAAAUCCAAAUCCAAAGAGACAGAGAAACCCAAGAAGAAAUCGAAGAGACACGAAGCCGAAGAGGAGGAGCAAUCUCCUAAGAAAUCGAAGGAGAGCAAGAAGAAGAAACACAAGAGAUCGAGAUCGAGAUCAUCAGAUGAUUCCGAAGAAGAGCCAGAGACUCAUCAAAUCGUCGAUACGAAGACCGUUACGGACCCGGUUGUUACAACAAACAACGAGUCGGAUUCGAAUUUUGAGUUGGAUAAGGAAGACAUCAAGCAUCUUCUUGAGUCUUACUCCAAGGAAGAGCUUAUUAACCUAAUUUACAAAACCGCUGAGAAAGGUUCUAAAUUGAUCUCAGCAGUGUUUGAAUCGGCGGAUAGAGAUAGCUCUCAGCGUAACAUAUUCGUGCGUGGUCUUGGAUGGGACACGACACAUGAGAAUCUCAAGGCGGCUUUUGAGGUUCACGGGGAGGUAGAGGAGUGUUCUGUGGUUAUGGAUAAGGAUACGGGGAGAGCUAAAGGGUUUGGCUUUGUGUUGUUUAAGACGCGUAAAGGAGCUAGAGAGGCGUUGAGGAAUCCGGAGAAGAGAAUGUUUAAUCGAACUGUGGUUUGUUGUAUAGCUAAGCCGUAUAAUGCUGGGAAGACGCGAGAACCAGUUGAAUCUGUGAAGAUUGAUUUAACUCAUACGGCUAAUCAGAGUGAAGUGGCUUUGUCUGGGCUUGAUUUGGCUCCGGGACAUGUACAUGGACUUGAUAAGGGGCAUCAGCAGCAGCAGCAGCAGCAGCAGCAGCAGCAGCAGAAUAUGCCAAUGUAUGCUGGACACAACAUGCCCUUUUACGGACAUGCUCAGCCUCCUCCUGGUUUUAAUCCCAUGUAUGGUGCAAUGAUGGGUAAUCAAGGUGCCAUGAUGGCUAAUCAGAUGGUUGCUGGUUUACCCAACUAUCAUAUGUUUGGCUCGGGUAUGAUGAACCAGGGACUUAUGGUGCCACCAAACCAUAUGGGGCAAUAUGUUGUUGAUGGUAACGUUAAUGGUGUUGGUGUUGCUGCUGGUGCUGGUGCUGGUGUCGGUGCUGGUUUUGAUGGUGAACGUGCUUGGUAUCUGAGAUAAGAGAGACCAAGUGGUAUGACCCUCUUCUCUGAUAUUUUUGAGGUCUUUUUGAUUAGAUUUCAAGUUAUAGAUUAGGCUAACGACUAGUCCGGUAUCUUCAACUUGAUAUUUUGGGAAUUGCCGAGUUUUUUUUUGUGUAUCUUUAUCUUGUAUGCCUGCUCUUUCAAACUUACUUUUUUGGUUUCAUUAACUCUGGUCUCUUUUUAAGGAGGUUUUAUCCAUAUAUGUCCCAUUAUUCUGAGGGAAAUGUGCGUUUAAAUGAUGAAAACUCUUGUUCUUGGGAAGUUUCCCAUUGGU